UCCACUCUCUCUCUAUUCUCUUCAGUUAGUAUAUUAACACUCAACACUUUUAAACUUCAAACUUGUUCUUCAAAUCCAACCCCCUCAUUCUGCUCUUCUCGUUUCCAUCAUUCACACUAAAAAACCUUCCUUCUUAUCGGGGUAGUAGAAUUCUGCGAUGGACCUUCGAGGUUGGCCAUGGAAGAAAAAAUCAUCUCAUAAAGUUACAAAGGCUGAGAAAACAUUUGUUACACCUGACUCUGUUGGUUCCACUUUGUCUUCUGUGGCACACUUAGGAGAUCAGCAAGAAAAUUGCACAAAUAAAAACUAUGUUCAAAUUUCAAUGGAGUCAUACACACUUAUGUCUGGAUUGGAAGAUCAAGUUGUAAACCUUGAGAAUCAAGUAAAAGUUUUGGAAGAUAAGCUAUCAGCAGCUUAUUCAGAUUUAGACAACAAGGAUAAUUUGGUUAAACAACAUGCAAAAGUUGCUGAGGAAGCAGUCUCAGGUUGGGAGAAAGCUGACAGAGAAGUUGUUUCCUUAAGAUGUCAACUUGAAUCUAUAACUCUCUCAAAGCUUUGUGUUGAUGAGAGAGUACCUCACUUAGAUGGAGCUCUGAAAGAAUGCAUGAAGCAGAUAAGAACUGUAAAGGAAGAAAGUGAGCAGAAAAUACAGGAUGUGAUUCAUAUGAAAUCACUGCAGUGGGAGAAAUUCAAGUUAGAGCUUGAAUCAGAAAUUGAAAAAUUAGAUAAAAGACUUCGCGAAGAAGCUGGUGAAAAUGCUGCCCUUCUGAGAUCCCUUCAUGAAAGUUCAAUUAUAAUAGUGAAACUAAAAGAAGAAAAGUCUAAAGCCGAGGUCGAGUUAGAGCUUCAAAAGAAGAAUGCUCAGUCAUAUGAAAAAGAAAUAAAAUUGUUAAAGUAUGAAUUCGAUAUGAUUUCUAAGGAAAUGGAUAUCCGUAACGAAGAGAAGAAAAUGAUUAUGAAAUCAGCAGAAGCAGAAAAUAAACGGCACACUAAGGAUGCUAAGACUAUUGCCAAGCUAGAGAGUGAGGGCCAACGGCUUCGCAGUCUGUUGCGAAAGAAGUUUCCUGGGGUUGCUGCAUUGGCACAAAUGAAGCUAGAACUUGAAAGUACACAUAGUUUCAUGGGUGGAAUCCAUAAAGGAAAAACUAGUACUAGCCUGCAAGAAUUGGAGGUGUUUGAAGAAGAAAAAAAGAGAUUGAAAGAAGCUUUGGCUUCAAGUUAUACUGAACUGCGUGCUUUAAAGAACUUGUACACUAAAACAGUUGGCAGACUUAAGUGCCUAGAAGCUGAGCUACAUGUUCUUCAUCAAGAAAGAAGUUCCGAGAAACCGAGUUUGUCAAUCAAUAACAGAAAUUCAAGAAUUUCUAGCAAUUCACCUAGCAUCACAUCUAUGUCAGAUAGUUGGCAUGAACAUCCAGAAAGUUGUGAUGAGUCUCUUGCAUCCUCUUCUGACCAUUUUGAUAUCAGGAGAGUUAGAAGCUCAGUUAAAUUUGAGAAUCAGAAAAGUGAAACUAUCUCAGAACUGAUGGAUGACUUCUUGGAAGUGGAGAAAAUGGCAUGUUCAUCAGACAAUGGAAGUAUACAGAUUGUUAACAAAGUUAAGAACUAUGCCGAAGAUAAAGGAUCAAACGAUACACUUAAAGCUGAAGAUACUAAAUGUUUCUCACCAUAUCGAAGUUGUGCUGAUGCCAAAAUUCCAUCAAUAGAGUCUAAUCCGGACAGUGAUUAUCUUUCCAUUUUUAAUAGGCUUCAAAAUAUAAUUUCAAUGAUCAAUAGUGCUGAUAUAAAGGACUCCAAAUUUUGUAAGAUUUUUGAAGAUCUUGAACGUGCUGUGUGCGAAUUAAGAGGUUACCUCCCAACAACUUCAGAGAAAGAUGAAUGUAAGCAAGAUCUUAAGGACAAAAACAUGAUGUUAGAGGAACAUGCACAGCUUCUGGCAGAACUGAAAGCACAAUUGGCAUCAUCUCGUAAAUCAUACAACUUGGCUGAAAUUCAGCUAAAAUGUAUGACAGAAUCUUAUGAGUCACUUCAAACACAUGCAGAAGAGAUAGAAGCUGAAAAUAAGUUUCUAAAGGAAAAGAUAAACGAGCUAAAGAAUGAUCUUGAGGAGGAAAAACAAUGUUGUCGCGAUGCUUUGGUGAGACACAAAGAAACUGACGAAAAAAUGCAAAGGAACAAGUGCCUGGCGUGUGCAUCGAAUACAGAAGAAAAUAAUGACAUCAAUACUCGAAAGGAUGCAGAGCUAGCAGCUGCAGAGAAAAAGCUGGCAGAAUGUCAAGAGACUCUACAUGUACUUGGUAGGCAAUUACAAGCAAUGUACCCACAAGUUGGCCUAAAUGCAUCUCUCCAUAGUAAAAGACUUCAAAUGAAUGAGUUUUCGGUUAAACCAAAUUACGACGGGUCAAAUUCUAAUGGCUCCUGUAAUAACUCAGAUGAAAUUGAUCAUGCUGAAGCAUAUAGUGUAUCUUCUAAUUCUGACAUUCAAGGAGUGAGUGAUGAGUUUUCAUCUCAAAACUUUGAUUACACAUCAUGACUUUCAGACGCCGAAGGCCACCUUUCGAUAGAUUCUUAGCCAGAGUUGUUAUAUGGUUACUGAAUCAAAUUCACAUUCUUCUGGUUCUGCCACAAGGAAGCAACAUGCACAUGGUUUGAGCCAAUUCUUUUGUUCAAAAGAGAAAACUAGUCACUAGUAUAUUUUUGUUACUUAAGUAUCAGAGGGAACUCCCCGAUGAAUUGUACAUUGAUUAUAUAGUAAACAGUUACGGGUACUGAUGUUUUUGUAAGUAAUUCUCCUUAGUAUAUUGAAUUUAGAUAAAUCUUGUUUUAAUCUAGUCCUUCUAUUCCAUGUAUCACUGAUAAGUAUAGGAAACAUGUUGCUUGGCAAGAUAAGUAUAAAUUUUGAUUUAUAAAUACAGGUGUAAAAAUAUUA